UUCGUGCUCUGUGUUAAGUGUUAGUUUAUUAUUAUUUUAGUGAAAGUUCAUUGUUAUUUAGUGUUAAAGUAGUCACGUGAAACAUGCCACCAAAAAAGGACGCGAAUUUGUGGCCAGCGGACAAGGAGCACGAGCUAAUACAGCUCGUGGAGUCUCGUCCCUUUCUCUGGGACUGUACUCUGGAAGGGUACAGAAGAAGUGACCUAAAAAUACAGCUUUGGGACGAGAUUUCACUUGCGAUGGGUGCAACCGUCUACACCGUGACAAUUUUAAAGGAUCGGUGGAAAAACAUGAAGGACACCUUUUCCAGCAACUGGAACAAGGUGAGCUCAUCGAAUAAGCGGUGUAGUGGCAACGGGACAGAUGACAUGUAUGUUCCAAGGUGGCCACUGUACUCGAAGUUGAUGUUUUUAAAAAAGACUGUGGUCAGUGGAUCCACAGUCAGUAACAUAAGUAGCACUGCUUCUUCCAUCGCUGCUUCAAGCGCAGCAGAGGUAGCGUCAACUUCGAGUAUCCUUGAGGGGAUACAAGUGUAUUAUGAUGAAGUGCUACAAAAAUUUGUACAAGUACCCCCGGAUGCUACUUUUGAACUUGUUACUGAGGUCACUAGUGAACCUCAAGAUGUGUCCCAACCACAAACAGCUCAACAAAAUCAAUCAACUCCAGUUUCGGCCUCAGCAGCGGCCUCACCCAGUACAGGAGAGCUCUUCUACAAGAGAGGAAAAAGAAGAGCCUCUCAGAUGAGUGAGGUAUUGUCUCUGGCAAAGGAGCUUGUCAAACCUUUGCCAGAGCCAACUCCUGUAGUAAAUGACUCUGCUGCUAAUCUGGGGGCGUACAUUGCUGGGAGGCUCAGGGACAUGAGCCCUGACAGGCGUAAAGCCUGUGAAAAAGAUUUGAUGAGUGUUCUGAUUAAUUAUUAGUCUUAUCGUACCUUAUAUUAUUCUACUUAGUGCUGCACUAUUUUCCUUCUUUUAUUUCAAUUUUUAUGUCUUUAUGACGUUAUGUGGGAUGUUGCCGAAGCUUUUAAGAAUUUAGUCUUUUUAAAAUUUUGUUUGGUUUAUGUGUUUUAUUUAUGAAGAUA